UUGCCAAAGAAGUAGUACCGUACCGUUAUGUUUUCGCUUUUCUUUUUGCUUUUCUUUUUUGCAUGCUGCACACAUACACAUACAUCCGCAUACAUGGAUUGACAAAAACAAUACGUUAUGCUUUUUAGUUGUAUGUGUUCGCCUUAAAAAACUGAGGCGGCGAUUACGAAAAAAGGGAAAACAACAGAAAACAGAAGAAACAGAACAGCCUGAUACUUUGAAUAUAUUUUCUUAAUUCAAUAUUAUAUUGAAUUGUGUAUUGUAUAUGCAAAUAUUGUAUAGUAAUAAAUAGUAAUAUAUUAUAAAAAAUAGUAAAAUACCCAAAAAUAUAAAAAAUCUUCAAAGUGCGCGCAAAAGGGAAGCGAAAAAACAGAUUUCUGCAGUGUCACGCUGAAGCGUGAGACUGAAAAGUUGCAUUUGAUUUGAUCAUGAUAUGAUGCAUCAAAUUGUGUUACCUUUUGUGCGUACUUUAUCUGAGCAACAGGUAGUUAAGGCGGUUAAUUUUAUAGAGCGGGAGAGUCAGGAGAGAUACCUCUACGAUGGCCAAAUCAACAUGCUUCACAAUCUUCGGAAGUUUGAGAUAGAGCCCUUCGUCCUCAUUCUGAACGAAUUCCAUGUCAAAUGGGAUUGGCACGGGAAGUGGAAGGUGCUGGCCAUCGCAGGUUUCAACCUCGAUGGCUCCAAUUUCAAUUACCUGCACAUGAAGCUGGCCAUGGUUGAGGCUAAGAUAAUGGGAUCUGAGGAGAUAGAUGACAGUCUAUCCAUGGUGCUGGAGGCCAUAAAACGGCAUGGGUACUCCAACCGGCUGAUGGGCAUCAUAUCUGAUGGAUGCCCCGCCAAUUUGCUGACGAGAGUGAGCGCCGCCAGGGAGUACCCAGUACUUUGGGAUAUCGUACAUCUGCGGAAGAUUUUGGCAAAAUAUCGCGUUGUCGACAGAGUACUGAGCCCCGUUUACAAUUUUCAUUUCACUGCGGCAAAAUGGCGGGAUACGGAGACGAGAUGUUCGAUCACAAGUAUCGAUAGCACAUAGUGAUGGUAGAACGCUAUAUAGCUGGGAAUAUGUAAAAUAUAACUUGAAUUCGUCAGUAUAUUUACGGUAUAUUUUAAAAAU